GGGGGGGGGGGUUGUCUCAAUCCUACUGGUAUAUUCGGCUUCGAGACGAUCGAGGCACGUUUUAAAACUCCACUUCAAAGCCAGAUAUUUGCAUAUAUAUAGCAUCUCAUCUUCAUGGUUUAUAGUCUUCACUAAACUCACCAUCUCUGUCCUACGUCACUAAUAACUACACACUUGUAACGACCGCAAAUCAAACUUCAUACCCUUCACUCUUACCAACUUAUCCGACUCUUCGUCUACAAUACUUUGCAACCAUCAUCCCCCCCUUUCCCAUCAAUUCUAAAGCUUAUCUUCCCACCGUCUUCCUUUGACAAAGAUGAUUGCUUUCCAACAAGUAUUGAUCUUUAUCGGAGGCGCAACAAUUCCAAUUUUUGCAAUCAUUGUUCGCAUGUUAUAUCCACCACAUACAGCUUACCAAGAUUGUCUCGAACAUCUUAAAACUUUAGAUCGGCGAGCAAAGGAAACGUGGCAACGUCCCGAGAUUCCCGAUGGGACUUGGAUAAAAUCAAAAACUCGCCUUACGCAUAGCGCUCUGUGCAAUAUGCAUCACGGACUCGAAAGUAUGCCAUGGGAAGUCGAAAGUCACAACUGGCACAUUAUGAUGGAUUCGGAGGCGAAUGUUAUUGUGCGAGAUCAUUAUGCUGAAAAUCCUCAAGAAAAAUAGGGGUCAUCGAAAUGAGAUGAAUCAUGCGGUAUCAGAGUGCCGAAUGGGUUCGUCAAUUGGUUGUAAGACGGCUGUCCGCUGAUACGCUGUAUGAUCUGCUGUUGCUGAGAAGUCCACAAAUUUGAGAAUACGUUAUAUCUUAUACUUGGAGUUGUCGGGCCUAGAAAUUCUUGGAGCAGAUCACGAUGGAGCGAGGGUUGAGUUGGAUUAUCUGAUAGAUAGACAUUAAUGAAAUUGUAUUGAAGAUUCA